AUGACUACUAUACUGAGCAACCAUGAUCAACAACUUACUAUCAAAUUGCAUUAUGGGGCUGCCAACAGUGAUCUCUACAUCACAGCAGUAGUUGAAGAAGUUUGGAGAAAUUGUGUCAAUGGAAAUCCUCUGUGGAGACUUCAACAAAAGCCUAAAAUGCUGAGCAGAAGACUGACUCAAUCGUCCAGAGAUGACUUUGGCAAUGUUUUCAACCAAGUUCAAUACUGGAAAGAUAAAAUGAAAGACCUUGAGCAAAUGGAUCUUAUUAACAACAAUGAUACAACCAGAACUGAACUGAACAAAGGACAAGCGGAGUACAUUAGAUGGACGGGGAUGCAGGAUGACAUCCUUAGACAGAAAGCUAGGAUGAACUGCUGCGCCGCACCAUGCGGCGCGCUAGUGGAAAUUAUCAGCAGCCUCAACUUUUCGCAUCAGGCAUCAUUUUACACUGCUGCGCCGCGCCUUGCGGCGCGGCAGUAUAAUAAAAGUCUCACUGCCAUUCCUGACACAGAGGUUAGAGAUGCUGUCUUCAACAUGAGUCCUGACAGUGCAGCAGGGCCGGAUGGAUAUAAUGGAAAAUUCUUUCAAUCCUGUUGGGAUAUCAUUAAGGAGGAUAUCACUGAUUUCGUUCAAGCUGUUUUCAUUGGCAGGAGGCUCACUAAAUUUUUUUCUCAUACUUGUUUAGUUCUUAUUCCUAAAGUUGAAUCUCCUAGUAGUUUCUCGGACUUGAGACCUAUUAGUUUGAGUAACUUUACAGCCAAGAUUAUCUCCAAGAUCCUUUUCAGAAGGCUGAAUCCUAUUCUUGGGAAGCUUAUAUCAGAAAAUCAAAGUGGCUUUGUCAAAGGAAGAUUGAUUAUUGAAAAUAUCCUUUUAGCUCAGGAGAUUGCUCUGGGUGUGAACAAGAAGAACAGAGGAGGCAAUGCUAUUAUAAAACUUGACAUGGCAAAAGCUUAUGAUAGAAUUUCCUGGACCUUUCUGAUAGCAGUUAUGAGGAAAUUUGGUUUCUCUGAAAAUUGGAUUGACAUGAUCUGGGGACUUCUACAAGAUAUGGCUUCUGGGAAGAAAGUUAACAAUGAUAACAGCUUCUUUAUUACAGCCCCUCACACCGGUGCUGCAAGAAUCAAUAGAAUUAGGAAUGCUACAGGCUAUAUGGACAAGUGUUUUCCUUUCUCUUAUUUGGGAUGCCCCAUUUAUUUUGGGAGGAAAACUAGCAAUAUUUUUAACGGUAUGCUCUCUAAGGUGGUCAAGAAACUUAGUGGAUGGAAAGCCAGUAUGAUGUCCUCUGCAGGGAGAAUGAUUUUGAUUAAACAUGUCUUACAAUCCCUCCCCACAUACAUCAUAUCUGCUAUGAACCCUCCUAAAGGAAUUACUAAGCUCAUGGAGAAACACUUUGCAAACUUCUUCUGGGGUAAAAAUGAAGCUAGAAACAAAUAUCAUUGGUCUUCAUGGAAUAAUCUUUGUCUCCCCAAAGAUGAGGGAGGAGCUGAUGUCAGAAAAAUGGAGGACAUCAUAGAUACACUUAGCUUUAAAAGAUGGUGGAGAUUCAGAACUCAUCCUUCCCUAUGGGCCAACUUUCUCAAGAAUAAAUAUUGCAAAAGAGCCCAUCCAGUGAAAAAAAAGUUAAAUCCCACUGAUUCUCAUAUUUGGAGAAACAUGCUCAAAAUUAGAGACAAAGUCGAGGAAAACAUUAGAUGGGAAAUACAAAAAGGUAAUUGUAGCUUUUGGUGGGAUAACUGGACAGGUAAAGGUGCAUUGGCCAAAAUCUUACAAGGUAGUGGGAGAUCUUCUAAAGCUCAGGUGAAAGACUUCAUAAUUAAUGGAGAAUGGAAUAUUGUCAAACUCAACGAUGUUCUCCCCGUGCAUAUUAUGGAUAGUAUUGCUCAACUGGAUAUAGGAGACCCAAAUGAGGAUGAUUUCCCUAUUUGGACUACUUCUAAUGAUGGGAGAUUUUCUUCUAACUCAGCAUGGUAG